AUGUCUCUCAAGGACGUUUACCAGAGGUUUCUGGGAGACCAUCGCCAGUCCACUUCGUCGUUGGCUGCCGACGCCUCGUUGAUUUAUAUCCCCACGACCACCAAAGUCGAAGGCCGAGACGCUGUGCUCAACCACCUCACCAAGCAGCAGAACAUCGUCAAGAAGAAAGCGCAGGACAUCCUAGGUGUCAUCGAAGGCUCUGACUCCCUGUGUCUGGAUGUCGAGACGACGUUGGAGUUUGAUGCUGGCGGCGGGGCCUAUCUCCCUCAACUCGACGAUAAUUUCCUGACCGACCGCGUCGCGACGUUCCCCACGAUCCAUAUUGUCCGCUUCAACAACCAGAAUCAGAUUCAGAGUGUUCGCAUUCACUGGGAACAGGCGUCGCUGCUGAAGCAGGUCGAGGUUAUCGGCUCUCGGAGCCGCAGUUGGCCCAUUCGCGAGGCGAAGGAUCAGACUCGUUUGAUUAAAUCCGCGAUCGCAGCGAUACCUGCAGAUGUCGGAUCUGCGCCACCGCCGUCGAACAACGAGGAGAACCCGAGGCCAGUCACCCCGGGCAAGAGACGCAUCAAAGACCCCUACGCGGCCGAAUCCCUGACCGACCUUCUAUCCCCCGGCAAAGAUGACCGCACCGAGCCUGUUCGUCCCCCGCGCUCCGCUGCGUCUGCGAAGCCCCCGCCGCGUGACUACAGUGAGCUCUUUGUGAGCCAAGGCGAUGACGAGCCUGAUGCCACCCCCUCCAAGCCAACCAGAGGACCUAUCGCCCCAAAGGCAGGCGCAGGAAAGCACUACCACGGCAAUCGCAUCUUUGGCGACGAGGACGCGGAAACACACCCCCAGAUCGCAUACAAAGCCAACCCGAAACGCUUCGACCACUUCGAAAUCGGAGGCGACAACAGUGACCGCGAAGUCCACGAGAACCUCCCCAGCCGGCCCAAGUCACGCCACGAACCCCAAUGGGAACACAACGACUCCUUCGUCCCCGAGAAACCCCGCCGUGGCCUGCGCGGCCAGGAAGUCAGCCACCUCCCCUGGGACGACUUCACACCUCAACCCACCCCACCCCCAAGACCGCACGUUGCCCACCCCCGCCGCGACGCAGAGACCCAUUUCGAACUGAAAGACCCCGAAGAACAACCCAAGAGUGGCCGCAUCAUCAGCUCCUUCCAGAACAAGGGCCUGCACCUCUACCGCGACCCGGUCUUCGACUCCCCAUCCCCACAGAAGGAGAACCAAGCGCCCAACCCUUCGAACCCUAGCAACCGCAAAAACGACUUCGAGAGCCACUGGCACAUGACCGAUUCUCCACAGGGCAACGAAUACACCGACGAGAACCACAAGCCUGUUGGCCAGAACCGUACGCAGUCUGCUAAGAUGAUGGAGUCUUCGUGGGAUCGAUAUGAGCAGUCGCCGCAGAGACCUAGCGUUGCUGCUCCACGAAAUGGUGUCCGGAAUGCGUACCAGAGGAGCUGGGACUUUGGUGAUGAGUGA